AUGUCGGGUUGGCAGAGCCAUUGGAACGCCUUCGGCGCCCUGCUCUACAACGGAUCCAUGCAAGACCCGACCUCCCACGAAGAGUACGUCAAUGCCGGCUUCACGACAGUGGCCGAUGCCCCGCGGCGUCGCAAGGAGCUCGAGAUCCCAGGGAGGCCGUGCUGGGAGGACGGGUGCGCGAAGUGCUUGGCCAGCGCGUCGAUGGGCAGAUGCAGCGCGUGCGCUGCCGUGGAAGAGUGCAGCUGCAUGUGCAGCAGCUUCUUCCAGAAGGAGAGCUUCGCGCCGGUCGCACCGGAGGAACGGGAGAUCCAUGUGUCGGCCGCCGCGAAGCAUUUCAUUCCGCGAGUUGUGCACCAGGUGUGGAUCUCGGAUGAAGCUCUGGAGGGAGACCCGAAGAAGCACCGCGGUAUCUUGAAAUUGCUGGAGCGCAAUCGACAGCUUGGCAACCAUACACUCUACGACGGCACAGCUGCGCGCCAGUUCAUCCAGCAGCGCUUCCCAAGCUCAGUGCUCGAUGCCUUUGACCUCCUCGUCCCUGGCAAGUUCAAGUCUGACUUGGCUCGCCUCUGCCUUCUGCUGGUCGAAGGAGGCGUAUAUGUUGACAACGACAUCCUGCUGACCACCUCUUUGGAUGAGUUGCUCGGGGGGCACACCGGCUUCCUGGCAACGCUGGAUCGCUUCGCGAACAGGGGCGCAAACCAGACCUGCCUUCUCAAUGGUCUCAUUGCCGCGGCCCCUGGGCACCCUGCGAUUGCCAUCGCCCUAGCUCGGCUGGUCGCUCAUGUUCUGAACCAGGACACCUUUGCCGACCUGCUUGGGGACUUUUCGGACCCGCCUGUGUGGCACAUGGUGACGUCCAGCGACCUUUGGGCUACGGGACCUUGCCUCCUAGGCAGCUCAUUGAACCUGGCCCUGGCGCGCGAUCCCUUCGCGGGGUUCGAGCCGGGCACCUGGAGCUUCGAUGCCCGGAGCUCCGCUUCCGGCGGGAUCCGCUUUGGACAGGUCCGGCUGCUGGACCUGCGGCCCGUCGAGCCGGCCAGCAGAGGGAUGGAGUUUGGCGUUGAGGUUGACCCAGCCCGCAUCCGCCCUCUCGCGCCGGAGAAGUGCCGGGCCCAUCACUGCCACCACGCCCGAUAUGAUGUGGAUGGUGAUCGGUACGUGGGAUUCAGCAAGUUCCUGCAAACGACAGAAGUGCCGAGCUGGCUAAAUGCGAGCAUCGGCCACUUGGAUUGGGAUGGAUGGCGCUGGGGCCGGAGUGAGAUGUUCACUCGCCCCAACCGUCCUCGUGCUCGGCGCCAGAUGCAGAUGACAGUCGUCUACCCGUCCGCCGUCCUCUCCAUCUCCUCAAACGGUACCAUCACGUAUCAGCACUAUCAGCACAUGAGCGCCUGGGUACACAAGUGUGGCCGCCGUGCGCAAGCCCUGUAUUUCAUUCCACUGCAGGGCGGCGAAACUGCGUGGGCCGAGGGUGAGGUGGAGGAAGCUCCGGAGGAGGACCUCUCCCUCCUGGAUGCCUCAGCCGAGGGCUUUGAGCCCGAGGAUGGCGCCGCAGAGGAGGACUUGGCUUCGCUAGAGGCGGCCGAUGGCCUGGAAGAGGUCGCCGAAGAGGAUCUCGCAGCUUUGGAGGCUGCGGCCCUCGACAGCUUCGAGGCACCGGCCGAUGAGGGCCCCCCCGUGGAGGCUGCGCCAGGGUUCGAGGCCUCGGAGGUUGCAGACGCCGAGGAGGAGGAGGACCUGGCGGCCCUCGAAGCUGCGGCCUGCGCCAGCUUCGAGGAAGGCCCCGAAGAUGCCGAGGCUGCAGGGCGGUGCCCGUUGGCAGACGCAACGUCCGAGUUUCCCCAGGCACAAGAUCCCGGAAACGGAUCCUUCUGCAGGGCAUUCGCAUGA